AUGAUCAACCCUUUCGUGGCGGAGCCCAGUUCGUUUCCUUCAUGUAGCUCACUGACACAUGUCACAGGAUCAGAAUACACUGAUGGGUUCGUGACAGAUGGAUCGGGAGACAAACGCUCGACAGUGGUUGAUCUCUCAUUCAAAUGCGGUUUUCCUUACGACCACGCGAUUUCAACUCUUCCACAUACCACAUAUGGGGCAUUGCACUCACAAAUAGGACCGGGACCCACGUCAAAACCGUUGGCGUAUUGCACACCAAACCCAGUACCGAAUCUGCCUGAGAAUAACCAAGUUCACUUGCUGGAAUAUCGCGGAACCCAGCUGGCGGCAUUCGCUGUGGACGGACGUGACCUAGUCUGUUUACCGCAAGCCUUUGAAUUGUUUCUAAAGCACUUAGUCGGUGGACUCCACACGGUGUACACAAAGCUAAAGAGACUGGAAAUAGUUCCUGUCGUGUGCAAUGUAGAACAAGUUCGUAUUCUUCGGGGACUUGGCGCGAUACAACCUGGCGUGAAUCGGUGUAAGCUUAUUGCCCCUCAAGAAUUCGACGUACUCUACGCGGACUGCACAAAUUCAAGUGCGCGACCGGGAAGGCCUUCGAAGCGGAUUUCAAUGGGAAACUCACACCAGAUGUCCAUUGUUUCCGCAUUACCAUGUCAUACAGCAACGCGCGUUUCUGCAUGCUCUGUGGCCACCAGCGGCAACGAUAGUAAUGAACCACAACCACCGUUAAAAUGGCCACGAAGUGUGAUCGACUCAGGUGAAACGGCAACUGAAUGGCAGUCAUACUGGACACGUUCACCGGCGCAAAUCGCUUCGCUGUACUUGAGCGGUAAUCUGUUCGCCCAUCCCGUCCUAAAUCCUGCGGUGAUCACAACAUCGGUUAAAUCUUCUGAUGAAGUCAACACAGCAACUACACGUGUUCCAACUUCGAGUGUCCACUUGUCAAACGGUGCCUGUCAUAAGGCAGGGAAAGGGAUAUCGGCCACUGAACCAUGUACGGUUUCCUAUGAACUGGACAGAAAAACUGCCCAAAUGCAAGAAAAUUCCAAUCUAACACAGAAGUGUAAAUCGCACACAACAAUACCAGACCAGGCCAUUGACCUUGAAUGCAGUGAUGCAGUCAGGGAUAACAGGAAUUGCAAGGGAGACUCCAUGAAUUGGUGUCGAUGGCCACCGUUCAUCCCUCCACUGCCUUUUUGCUUUACACCUGCAACUUCAGUAAUGGAUCUCGAAACACAUCCUACCUUACCGUCAACCGUGAGGACGACCUAUUCUUUCAUGGACACGUGCGACAAUAGAAGCACCAAACUCUCCUUUCCUCUGGUUGAUAAUCUGCCAAGAUGGAAGCCACCGUCAAAUAGCCCGGCAUCACUUCCGUUUGUGGUUGAAUGCUUAAAUUCUUCUAACAGCAACUCGAAUUCCGAUCAACCGGUAAUUGAUGCCGUAUCGUCUGAAGCUAGUGCGACCACACCGGGCCUAACAACUAUGAUUCCCUUGACCCUCGAAGGGAACCGCAGCAAAGAAUUAUGGUGGGACCGGCGAGUCCAGCCUACCCCUCUAACCACAGAUUCAGGAAGCCUGUUAUGCAAGCACGACAUGCAGUCUUACUUGGAGACCAUUUUCCAAAGAGUUUUCAAUACCUACGCUCAUUUGAAUCGUUUCUCAUCAACAACACCUCCGUACCAGUUCAAUCAGCUACAGAGGCCAAAAAGGAACGACUACAUUCGUCCGGAGAAAAACGUAAACGACUCAUCUGGGAAGUUAACUUCGAUAACUUCUACAGACCACCAGUUGACAACCUCGGUACAUGAAUCCAGCUUUAUGACCACAAGCUCCGAAGGCUCUAUCGACAUGCGCAAGAUCAACGGAGCUAAUUCUGAUACAUUGAGCACAUUAGAUGAAAGCGCCGUCACCACUUCUGCAUCAGAAUCAAAUUCGAGUGACAACCCGAUAGUAUUUGCACGACAAACAGCAGCGAAUACUAACUGCGAAAAUGUGUACGACCCGAUCUACUCCUACUAUUGGCUACAGUUAAUGGCUAAAUCUUUCAUGGCCCCUUAUUUUCAAUAUCGAGGUGUAAGUCAGACGGAUGCGAAAGAAGCCAGCCAACCAGUGGACAGGUGCAAAAGUAUAACGACAGAAUAAAGAGGACCGCUGCUGUCCACGAAAGAACAACACAGUCUGAAUCAGAUACCCCUCGCGCUAGUCACAUAUUAGACUACAUUGAUGGAAGCUGUUCCAUUUCUGCAUGCAUUUAUCUUUCACUUUAAAAAACAUUUGUUUUUCAACUGUACUGCUGUUGGAGGAUAAAAGCGAUACUUUUACACUUUACCGAUAAUGGUUAUCAGCAAAG